UGUAAUGUCAAAGUGCUGUCAAAAAUCAUACUUGCUGUUGUCAACAAAUCACAGAACAGUAAUAUCAACAAAUAAAUAAUCAACGAUAACAUUAAUUAAAUCUAUAAGGUAUUUUAAUAAGUACCUGAACCAGGAAAUGUCCAAAAUGAGUUUAAAAAAUAGAUCAACAAUUAAAUUAAGGAAGCUACACUUCAACAAAAUUUGCAGGUCUUGCCUAAGAGAAAGAGGACAUUUAAGAGAACUAUUCUCCACACGUUUACCAGUAAUGAUGGAAACUUGCGCAACAAUUAAGGUGUCCGAAGAUGAUGAACUUCCAAGUAAAAUUUGUAUCUCAUGUUUCCAUCAAAUAGCGAAAUUUUACACAUUCAAGAAGAAACUAGAAAGAAAUGACAAAUUCUUACGAAACUACCUGAAACAAAAAAAAUCAAAGGAUCCAUCCGAGUUUUCGGAUAUUUUACACAAAGCCGUGAACGAUGCCGAAAUUAUUGGAGCAAUUGAAAAGGUGGUCACAGAAGAAUUACUGAGUGAGACUUAUGAUUCUUCUUUGCGCGAGUCCGAAGAAAAAGAGAGGAACGAAACUGUACGAAGUUCUCGAUUGCUACGUAAAAGCAAGCUGAAAGCCAAUAAGAUUAUAAAUACGAUUAUAAAGGAUGAAGAAUGUUAUGAUGACACUGAUAGUAAUUCAUUCGAAAGUUUUCAUUUGGAUUCUGAAUUUGAUUUUAAAGUCCCAUCUGAGACUUUGAAGGAUGAUACGGAAGUGACAUUGAUUACUAAGUCCGAAGACAUUAACACAAUCUUUUUGGACGAUGGACCUCCUCCCUUAGUGCCCUUGGAGUUUACGAAGAAUGUCGAUAACAUGAUUACUACUGUAGUCAAAAGUUUACCAGAAAAUGCUCCACCUUUAGUUCCUAUUAAACCUCUGACAGCACUAAAUCCAGCUACCAUUGUCAAUGCGUUAACAAACGACAUCGAGGCACCCGUCAAACUAAAGCUUCAAUGUAAUAUUUGCAACGAAGAGUACUACUCGAUUUCGGCCCUUAAGAAUCACAGAUUGUAUGAAUGUCAAGGUUCGGGAAUGCAGUGUAAUAUCUGUAAAAAAGAGUUCAGUGAUCGCAAUCGCCUCAUAGGUCACUUAAAGGGUCACAUGGUGUCUAAAGACUACGGAUGUAAAAUUUGUGGGAAAAGGUAUCCUAAUCCCAGCACAUUUCGAGUUCAUAUGCGAACGCAUACGGGAGAAAGACCAUUUAAAUGCCAAAUUUGCAAUAAGGGGUUUGUCCGAUGGGCGGGAGUUGUCGGCCAUAUGAAAACUCAUAAUGCCAAUAAGCCGUAUAAAUGUGACACUUGCGGGAAAGGUUUUAAAAUAUCGUCAAAUUUAGAACGUCACAAAAUCCUACAUUCUGGCAUAUUGCCGUACUGCUGCAGUUACUGUGGUAAAACUUUCAGUCAGUCGGAUAAUCUCCAACUUCACGUUCGUACAUAUCACACAAAUGACAGGCCGUAUUUGUGUAACGAGUGCGGAAAACGAUUUGUGAGCUCGACCAGAUUAAAACGACAUAUGUGGGUCCAUACCGGUUAUAAGCCAUAUAGAUGUCGCUACUGUUCAAAGGCCUACUCGAAUUCUAAUGACAGAAAAAAUCACGAGAAGGCACAUACCGGUGGUAUCACAGAGGACGACAAACCACACGUUUGCAGUACUUGUGAUAUGAGAUUCUUGCAUGCGUGCCGGCUGGCUAAACAUAUGAAAACUCACGAACGACCGUUUCCGUGUAAUCAGUGCACGAAAACUUUUAGUUCAGAAGCGCUUUUAAGCAAACAUAAGAAUAACAAACAUGCCGAUGAACUAAUAGAUCAUUUGUCAGCACCCUUAAGUGUAGAAGAGGUGUAUAUAAACUACCAGUAAUUCAAUCCUAGGCGAAAUUUGUAAUAAAGGCAUAAUUUCUUAGUGAAGAAUCAUGUCAGAAGUAAUGUCUCUUGGACACCUCAACUGAAGCACACUAAUUCUUCAUUUCUCAUGCAGAAUGUGGUAUAUUUACAGAAGUAUUCGAGGGAUAUUACUUUUGAUCAUUACCGUAAUCACUGGAUCAUUUUAACAUUCAAGUGUGGUAUUUUUGAGUCGCUUUGCCAACAAUUGCUAGAAAUAAAGAAAUAAUUUUUCACGUUUUUUAAAUUUCAUUUAAACAGAACAUAUCUUUACUGCAGUUAAUUCAGAUGUAAUGUGUCAGCUUCAAAACUGAUCAAAUUAAUACUGUGAAAAAUGUUUAAUUAUGUUAAAUAUUACACAUGCAAUCAAAAGGUGCAAGGUGUAUUUAAACAACCAUCAGUGUUUAAGCGAUUUACAAGCAAAUUAUUUCAUGCUCGUAUACUUGUAGAGUUACCUGAACAGGCACUUCUAGUAGGCAUCACCUUAAAUGUUAAAAUGGUGUUCUGAGUUGACUGAUUUCUAAAUUCUGGCAAGUUUAUUGUAUAAUGGAUUGUGUGCAAAUGUAAUACCUAUAAUGACAUGUGCCAGUGGCAACUAAAUGAAGGGAAUAACUGAACAUGAACAAUGUACCUAUGCAAAACCAAUGUUGGUAGCUAUAAAUACUAGGAUACUAGUGCUACAAUAUUCAAAUUGGGCACAAAUCGUUUUGGAAACUGUUUUUUAUACAGAUCUAUAAUUUCCAUAUCUUCUAGACUAGUAUAUAAUUGCACUGAACUUGCAGUUUAUUUUUUAUUCCGUCUUUCAUGUGUAAAUUAGAAAUAUAAAGCUGUUAUCAGAAGCUAUUUAUACGCUAUAAAUUCAAAUAAACCACUUUUUACAGUC